UUCACUAACCUUAUUAUUAUACUACAUAAAAGAUUAUAUGAUUUAAAAUAAUUAAGAUAUCAGUAUUCGAGAUUGUAGAACGUGCCAAGCAAGAUGAUACUACUUAAUUCCUAUUAUUUAAUCCUUACUAAGACCACACAUGCCACUUCUCUCGUAGACUGUGUUCACAGCAUGCGCCAAGCAAGAGUGACAAUAUUAUAGACUACUCCACACUUUUGUUUUAGACCAGUUUAUUACUUUAUUGCAUUUACAAAUCAAUCUCUAACUUCCUCUCUUCCUGUCCAAUCUAAUCUUCUCGAUCUUGAUCAUGGCGCUGGUUGCUGUUGGUGAAGCAUUUCUCUCCGCUUUCAUUGAAGUUGUCAUCGACAGGCUUGCUUCUCCUGAGGUUGUUGACUUGAUCCGUGGGAAGAAACUUGACGUCAAUUUGGUUCAACGGUUGAAGAACACUCUUUACGCUGUUGAAGCUGUGCUUAACGAUGCUGAACAGAAGCAGAUUCAUGACUCUGCUGUUAACAACUGGCUUGAUGAUCUCAAAGAUGCUCUCUAUGUUGCUGAUGACAUUCUCGACCACAUCUCUACCAAAGCUGCUCUUUCCAAGAAGAACAAGCAGGUUACCAAGUUCAUUGCGGAGGAAGUGGGAAGUGCUUGUAACACAAAUAACUUGAAUAUCCUUCGUCGAGAUUUGAAGGAAAAGCUGACCGGAAAGAGGUUCUUAAUUGUUUUGGAUGAUGUCUGGACCGAGGAUCACGACUCUUGGAAUUCUCUUAUAAAGCCUCUUCAAUAUGGAACUAUGGGAAGUAAAAUUCUUGUAACUACCCGUAUUGAAAAAGUUGCUUCUAUGGUCCAAACUAUUCAACCUUACUCUCUUCACCAAUUGUCUGACGAAGAUUGUUGGUCAGUGUUUGCAAACAAUGCUUCCCUUUCUCCAGAUGAAUCCAGUGAGGAUAUGGAUCUCCAAAACAUUGGCAAAGAGAUUGUUAGAAAAUGUAAGGGAUUGCCUUUAGCAGCACAGUCACUUGGGCGCUUGUUGCGAGAAAAACGUGACAUCAGGGAUUGGAAUAGUAUACUGAAUAAUAAUAUUUGGGAGACUAAGAGUAAGAUCAUUCCAGCAUUGAGAAUUAGUUAUCAUUAUCUCCCUCCAUAUUUAAAGCGUUGCUUUGUAUAUUGUUCAUUGUUUCCCAAAGAUUAUAAAUUUGAUAAAGAUGAAUUGAUCUUGUUGUGGAUGGCGGAGGAUCUUUUACAUCCUUCAGAAAAUAACAAGACUUUAGAAGAAGUCGGUUAUGGGUAUUUUAAUGACUUAGUUUCCAAAUCAUUUUUUCAACAUUCUGACAAUGGGAACUUCAAACAACAUUUUGUAAUGCAUGAUCUUGUGCAUGAUUUGGCAACAUGGCUUGGUGGAGAAUUCUAUUUUAGAACAGAAGUAAUUGGGAAAGAUACGAAGAUUGGUACCAAGACUCGUCAUUUGUCAUUUUCCAAGUUCAGUGAUCCAAUCUCAGCAAACUUUGAUAUUUUCGGCAGAAUAAAAUGUCUAAGAACAAUCUCGCCAAUCUAUUUAUGGAAUGAUCCAUUCAACAAAGAAAAAGCGACAUGCUUCAUUUUGUCAAAUUUGAAGUACUUGAGAGUUUUGAAAUUUGGCAACUUUGAAGGUCUUGAUGCAUUUCUUGAUUCAAUAGAUGAACUAAUCCAUUUGCGUUAUUUGGAUCUCUCUUACACAUGUAUAAAAAUGUUACCUGAGUCAUUAUGUAACCUGUAUAAUCUACAAACAUUAAAGUUGCACCACUGUAUCAAUCUAACAAGGCUUCCAAAUGACAUGCAAAAUCUUGUAAAUUUGCGCCAUCUGGAAAUUCAGGGAACUUAUUUAGAAGAGAUGCCUAGAGAAAUGAGCAAAUUGAUUAAUUUGCAACAAUUGGGUUGCUUUGUCGUGGGAACGCUGGAAGAGAAAGGGAUCAAGGAAUUGGGAACACUUUCGAAUCUUCACGGAUCACUUUCAAUUAGGAAGUUAGAGAACGUGACCAACAGCUUUGAAGCAUCACAGGCAAAAAUGAUGGAUAAAAAGUAUCUUGAUGAAAUAUCGUUUGAAUGGUCUGAAGAUGCAAAGAACCAUUUUACAAGUUCACAAAGUGAGAUGGAUAUACUUGGAAAGUUACAACCUUCCAAGAACCUGAAAAGGCUAGAUAUUCAUGGAUACAGGGGCACACUAAUUCCAGAAUGGGUUGGACAUCCUUCCUACCAAAAUUUGACUAAGGUAUCUUUGUAUGGUUGUUUGAAUUGUUGUAUCCUUCCAUCACUUGGACAAUUAUGCUCUCUCAAGGACUUGAGAAUCAGUAAGAUGAAUAUGUUGGAGACUAUUGGAUCUGAAUAUGACGAUACCUUUUCAGGGACAUACUUUCCUUCUCUUGAAAGUCUGGAGUUUGUUGAGAUGUCAUGUUGGAAAGUGUGGCAUCAUCCUCCUGAGUCAAAUGCUUAUUUUCCAGUAUUGAAGUAUAUUGAGAUUAAUGAUUGUCCCAGAUUACAUGGGGAUUUGCCAUCUUAUCUCCCUGUUUUGGAAACAAUUGAAAUUGGAGGAUGCAACCAGCUUGUGUCUUCUCUCCCAAGGGCUCCUGCCAUCCGCAGAUUAUACAUAUUUGAAAGCAAUAAUAUAGCCUUGAAUGAGCUACCCCUUUCAUUGGAAGAGUUAGAUGUUGGAGGAAGUGAGGUGACAGAGUCUGUCUUUGAAGCCAUUACCAUCACCCCACCAAUUUCUCUUAAAAUAUUAGCCAUCAGGGAUUGUUCUUCUGCGAUAUCGUUUCCAAGAGAAUGUUUACCCUUAUCCUUAGAGAGUCUGUCCAUCACAAAUUCUAAUAAUGUAGAUUUCCCAAAGCAAAAUCACGUGCAUGAGUCACUUAAGUAUCUUCGUAUAAAUAGGAGUUGUGAUACUCUCAUAACCCUCCCACUGGAUACCAUUCCCAACCUUCAUCAUCUGCAAAUCCACAAUUGUGAAAACAUAGAAUGCCUUUCAGCUUCGAAAAUUCUUCCAAAUCUCAUUGAUGUUGACAUUAGAGGCUGCCCUAAAUUUGUAUCAUUCCCAAGAGAAGGACUGUCUGCACCCAACUUGACAUUAUUGUAUGUCUCCAACUGUGUCAACUUAAAAUCACUGCCUUGUCAUAUAAGUACUCUUCUCCCAAAGUUAGAAAGAGUGAGUAUACAUGAUUGUCCAAAGUUGGAGACAUUUCCUAUAGGGGGUAUGCCGCCUAGCUUGAGAACAAUUUGGAUUGGGAAUUGCGAAAAAUUAGUGAUGAGCUCAACUCUAACUUCAAUGAACAUGCUUACCAGUCUUUCCAUUGAUGGUGUCGAGUACUUUCCGAAUAAGGGUUUUGCAUUGCUGCCUCCCUCCCUUACCUACCUGCAGAUAUAUAACUGUUCAAGUUUGCACACAUUGGAUUGCACGUGGCUUCUCCACCUCACUUCCCUGCAAACAUUAACAAUUUCACGCUGUGCCAAGCUGGAGAAUAUAGUGGGAGAAAGGCUGCCUGCUUCUCUAAUAGAACUUAAAAUCUCUGCAUGUCCUUUGCUGAAAGUGUUAGACGCUGGCCUAUAG